CGAAGGUCGGAGCGGCCAGCCAGCCGCCGACGGAGCCCGCCUCCGUCAGUGGACCACCCGCGUGCGGCAGUCACUACUACAGUGGCAGCUCAAUCGGAAUCUGAACGCAAAACUACGCUCGAUCAACGAUGGUACCACGACUGAUGCAAGUAGUAGGAUUAGGAGUAGGAGAAAAACCAGCGGCAGCUGUCGCAUUGGAAGUAGCAGCAGCAGCAACAGCGACCGACCGGCGGUCCAAGCGUCGACUGCAAACCGCUAAAGGCGUGGACAACUCAAACAAUCAGACGCGAACUAGGCUCUGCUCAGUUCAGAUCACGUUUAUCGAAUAUGGAACUGAAUUACAUAGAGCUUCGAAAUUGUCACGCAGACAUCAACGUACACUAGCCCGUAGAAAACAGACAUCAAUAAACACAGCAUAGAACAACAAUUGCAAUAGUAACAGAUUUACAAACAGGUUCACGCAUAUAUAUAUGUAUCAGGUUAGGUUCUUGCUUUCGUUUGUCUUUACCAAGUGGCUAGAAUCAGCUCCGACGGACCUGGAUGGAUCUGUUGUGGUCAUAGACACUCAUGUUGAUUAAUGUCGUCAGUGUUGCUGUUAAAGGUGCCAGUAGGAAGCAGUCAACGAAAACGAGUAAGCCUUUCUUGCUUUAGGCUUCCGGCCCUAAAGGUGAAACAUUAAGGUGUUAAGCGGUUACAUUCUGGUGUCGAUGUUUUGUGUAUGAAUAGUAGUAGAAAUCCUGCGAUCCGCCGUCAACAACAGCUUAGUCACUUCAGAAAGGGUGAGAUUGAUGCUUCUGAAUUUAAGAGGAUGCCAGUGUUAUCUCCUCCGCAUCAUGUAGCCUUAGUCAAGGAUCGGCGUUAGAUAGGAACCGUCUUUCAUCCUGACCGUAAUUCGCAGCGACUGAUGUACCACAAGGGUGUAGACCGUCGCGCAUGGUGUUCUCACAAGUGAUGCUAAUACUUCAGAUAGCAGUUGCUUAAGUGCGCGAAACUUUUUGACGUCAUUUUGUUUGCUCGUACUCACUCAUAAAAGAUUAUCUAUAAUCUUUUUUUACAUUACUUAAUUAAAAUAUACAGGCUGUAUAAAUUCGUACACAGGAACAUAGCGAAAGUACGCACCUGUUCGUCUAUUAGCGAUUGCGGUGGUGCGAAAUGCCAUCGGAAUACCUUAAAAACUCCAAAGGGCCAAUGAAACCUCUAGCAACAUGGCCAUGCUUUACAUCAAAAACACCUGGAACGUCGACUCCAUUGGACGUACUAUUGUUAGCACCGCAUACGAUGCCAAAAGAACCUGCACGUGCGGAAAGAAAUGAAAAUAUGAUACCCGCAGAAAAACCGAAAAAGAGUAAAAACCAAUCAUCAUCGAAUCGUAAAUUGUGGCGUCCAUUCGAAGUAAGUUGCCCGCACCCGCAGCCCCACCGAGCAUUUCGUUGCUUUUGCGGUAGUGCGUUUGCGCGAAAUGAGGAGCUCACUCGUCAUCUUCGGAUCCACAGCGGACAGCGACCUUUCGAAUGUAACCAAUGCGGACGCAAAUUUGGACGAAAGGAUCAUCGCGACAAGCAUCUGAAGACGCAUCUGCGAAAUGAAUACAAACGCAUCCACCGCUGUCCUGUAGGACACUGUCCAGGAAGAUAUACGCGCACAGACGCCCUGAAUCGACAUAUGCUCGCAACACACGGUUUUCGACGACCCCGUAAGCGGACGAUCCAGGAAGGUUCAGCAAAGGACCAGGAAGUAUCGACUUUGACAUCAAAACCGGUCAUGAUUUCCCCUGCGUCACUGGCGCCUAGCGCCUCAUCGGUGCCACAGCUGCCACAUUUAAGAUCGGCCCAAAUGAUAGCAGCAGUGCAAAUAGCUCAUCAAUUACACGGUGAACGGAAGUUGAUUCAGGGGUCGAGCGCACAAGCCAGAUCCGUUUCCCAGUUCCAACAAGAACUUCAAGGAAUGAUCGUACGUAAUGAAAUCUAUUCAAGGAGUCCUCUUCCCCUCAUGCGUGCUACUUCGGCCGAGCAACAUCUACUAUGGCAACGCUGGUUGUGAACUGUGACAGCGUGCAGAAUACUGCGAACGAAUACGUUUUUGUGUGAUACGUGUGCGAUAGUUUGACUAACGCCUGGCAGGCUGUAACCACCUGUCAAGUUCUAUAAGUUCAUACUAGUAUGACGAUAAUGACAAAAGUGUUAUAUUCACGUUUAUAUGCGCAGGCUACUACGGCUGAUAUUUGACAUGAGUUUACUUCAUAUGUACAUACAGAUAAUAUGCUUAAUUGUUUUGGUUACAUGUAUGAGGCAUUAGCUUGUACCUGGUACA